AUGUGGCCACAAGUGUCUGUGUCCAGCCAACCGGCUGUUGAAAAACGCUCUUUUUCUCGGCAGUCGAACGCCAGCGACCAUUCACGCCUUUCUGCCGGCGUCUCAGGUUUCUUGCCUUUGGGUGCUAGUUUACCUCGACUUCCCAUGCUUCCACCAUGCUCUGGUGCUGCCACGGGUCCCAGCACCCUGGCCGCCUUUUUGAACUCACCUGGACGCCAAGGGCUACCUUCUUUACCUGGAUCUGCAUUCAUGCCUCCACCACCGCCACCAGGUCUCAUCUUCCCCCCCUUCCCACAUCUUGGUCUUAAUGCGGUUAUCCCAUCUACUGCUACUUUUUCUCCACCUCCACACAAACCCCCCUCUGACCCUGGUUCUCCGUCCUCCAACCGAAUCCAACAAGAAGAAUCCGCUCGAAGUGUAUUUUGUCCCUCCAACAUAAACUGA